GGUUUUCGUCGAUCAGUCGGUUGAUCUGAGACAUAGGCCUAUCCACACAUUUGUUAGCCUAUGCUGUAAGUUAAUUGAGGGGAAGAAGUUGUAGAAAUAACAAAAUAAAUUAGUCAAGAUAAAACACAGGCCUACAACUGCCUGAUGUAGCACUAGCUUUCUAUCUAAUAUAAUGUUAUUUUGACGUUCAGAUCUUCCAGAAAUGGCUUUGAGAAAUAUUUCUGGCCGCGGUCGCCAUAACAUUGCUAGGCCUACACACCCUCCUCAGAACCGAAGAAUUGUGAAUCUUGAUAAGAAGACCUGUGAAGAAGUCAUCGCCAUCAUUGAAAACCUCAGCAACAAGCAAUGGCAAACUUUGACAAAAGACUUGGAUAAUAUCACCAGAAAGGAGUUUGCUAUGAUUUGCGUGGGGAUUGUGCAGCAGUUGACGGAUUCCACCUACAAGAGGAGCAAACUGGUGAACUCCCAUGAAAAAACAUCAAGUGCAAGAGCUGCAGCACAACCUUCUGUUACUGUGUCUCCACCGGAAUCACCUCAGGGGAAUGUUGUCAUCACAGAAAUUGUGCAAGAGGUCAAACUAGCCCUGUCAGCAGCCUUGGAUAGCAGCGUUUCAGGGAAAGAUUCAUCCUCUGCCAUCUCUGAAGGUUGGAGUGCGCUUUUCCUCCAACUGGAAGAGGAGACUUUGAACGUACUCACGGCGAGACUGGACUCUUCUGAUUUUUUUGCUCGAAUGACCAAAGCCAGCUGCCCAUCAGGUGAAGAUGCUCAGCUGGACUCUGAAGUCAAAAGCUCGUCUGAUGAGUACGCCUUGGAGAGUGGCGGUCAGCAACCUGAGGCUGCAGCAGCAGCCAGCACUGCUGUAGAGGAGGAUGUGACCUCAUCCAAGGAGGAAGAGGUCACCACAGCGUGCACAAAUGAAGUGAUAAGUCAGAUUUGUGAUGCUUACAAGUCUGCUGAGCUGGAGGAAGAACGCCUCAAGGCUGCUAGAGAGAAAGAAGAGGAGGAAGAACGCCUCAAGGCUGCUAGAGAGAAAGAAGAGGAGGAAGAACGCCUCAAGGCUGCUAGAGAGAGAGAAGAGGAGGUGUCGCUCUUGACCGGCCAUUUUGUGGACAACGUCAUGACCCAGCUCAAAGAGCUGGCCUCCGCUGGCAAGUCCCCGGCCUUUCAGUGGGUGCCGAAAGAUGUGUGUUUACCCUCCGCCUGGGCUUCGAGGGCUGCUGACCAGAACAUCUUGAGUCCGCAGUUCCAGAUCGCGGCUCAGCAGAAGGUCAGUGAGGUCCUCAGACAGUCCGAGUCCAUAUCUGGGGAGGCACGUUUGGGUCACGUCUCUUCUGCGGCCACUGACAUUGUGAGGACAAUAGUGAGAAGCCUGGCCAAAUUGCCACACUCAGUUGGAUCCUUGAGGUCUAGAGAGGACAGGGAUGACCCCACUGGCACAGCUCAGGACAUUUACCACGGUGUACACAGCAAGGUGAAGCACUUCCUAUGGGGCAAGAAGACCAGUAAACAGGGCAGUGACUCCCAGUCUAGCGAUGGCACCCUGGCAUAUGAUACAGAGAGCUCUGGUGGGACGAGUGGGGAGGAGGAGGAGGAGGAAGAGGAGGAGGAAGAAGAAGAGGAGGAAGAGGAGGAGGAAGAAGAGGAGGAGGAGACAAGUGUGGAGGAGGAGGAAGAAGAAGAGGAGGAGGAGGAGGAGACAAGUGUGGAGGAUGAGAGAAAUGAAGAAGAUUUCCACUUCAAAUCAUCAAACGAUGGAGUGCCACUCUCACGUGUGAAGUCAAAGGAAAACCAAAUGAAAACUGUUCCAGAGGUUUCUUGGAGUAGGUCAAAAAGAGGUUCCAUCUCAGAACAGAAGACACCUGGGAGAAAAGCAGACUUAGAACUUGACCUCAGUAAAACCAACCACCAUCCUGAACAAACAACACCAGCUUUAAGGGCACCACAGCAUGCCCGACGCCUGCCACCUAUAGACAUAAAUGCAACAAGAGAUUAUUUGCACAAGUUACUGUGCUGCGUACAAGCAGACGAACAGGUCAGGGCUGAAGACAUGACAAACGUGACAGAGACAGAAACUUCAACAUUGCACAACACCUCGGAAUCACACAAUUCUGAUAUUAUUGGGAUCAUGCAGAGAGAGAGUUCUACAGAAACUUUAGUAGACAGUGCACCUGGGAGAAAAGCUUAUCUAGAACAUGAUGCUGUUAAAACCACUCAGUGUCAUGAAGAAUUACUGUGUUGCAUAAAAUCCAAUGAUCAGGUCAAGGCUGAAGACGGGACCGAGGCAGGAACUUCAACAUUGUGUAACAUGGCUGAAUCACAUGUGUCUGAUAUUAUCUUGAUUAUGGACAGAGAAACUUCAGUAGACCAUACACAGUCUGACUCUUAGCGCCCUGAAGGCUGCCCAUGGUCUUAAACUCCAGCGAACCUUUGACUCAGGACUAUGUGAAAGACUUGUUUUCAUUCUGACUAAUACAAAUGUGGCCAAGCUAUAUAUUUGAAACACAUUGAAGUUCACAUGGAUGAUGAAGAUGGUGCUGGAAUAUUUUAAAAUGAUAAAGAAAUAAGUUUAAUUCAGAA